AUGGCGUCCCCGUUGGAUGGUUUGACUCGGUCACUGAGCAGGAGUCUAGUAGCUUGGGCGGCAUUGGUUGUCCUCAUCGGCACGUUCGAAUGCGCCGGUAGUCACGCGACGCGAUUGCCGCUGAUGGAGCAGCUGGACGACGGAGGUAGUCCGAUUAAUCUCACUGCGCCUGGCAUUCAGAGCACUAGCGUUCCUGCGUUAGAUCCGGCGGCAAACGCUGCGGUGGAUCCGGCAGCGUCAGUUGCGGCGGAAGUUGCGCCAGAAUCGCCGUUCGGUGGUUUUUGUCUAGGAAGUGAGGAGACGUGUUCGCCGACUCCCGCCGGUUCUCGUGAGCGCGACGCGAAGGAGUCGUCGCGGAUUGAUGCCGCCGUCAACGACGGAGGGCUAGUCGAUGACGAUAACGGCUCCACCAGCACCAGCGGAAGCAGUGACGGCAGCAGCAGCAGCGGCGGCGGCGGCGGCGGCGGCGGAAGCAGCGAGGCGGAGGUGGCGCGGCGCGUGAGCGAGCGAAUGAUGGCUUUAAUCGCCGAGGGACGCGACCAGCUGGAAGGCGAGCGGCUCGAAGAGGCCGUCGCCACAUACGACGAGGCGGAGAGGCUGCUGCGGCGGCUACACCAGCGGCUGUUGCAUGGGCGCGGCGUGGCCAAGUCGCUGCUACAGAUGCACGAGCCGGCUGUAGCAGACUUCGAGCAGGCAGUGAGCGCCAAUCCGGACGAUGCAGAGCUGUGGAUGGAGGUGGGAGCAGAGCGGGAGGUUCUGGGGCAGCACGAGAGGGCGUUUGAGGCGUUCAGUCGUGCCCUGGAGCUGCAGCCCGGCGAUGCAGAGGCGCUCAAACGACGAGGUGCGUGGGAUGGGGCGAGGGGAAAGGGGAGGGACCGAGCAUGGGGGCUGAGCGCGUUCAACUGCUACCGCUUCAAGGACUCCCUAAAAGACCUCCUGCCCCCCUUUCCUCCUUCUCCCCCCCCUCCCCAACUUCCCCCUUCCCCUUCCCCCCCCAACUUCCCCCUUCCCCCCCCCCCCCCCCCGCGCAGGGCUGAGCGCGUUCAACUGCUACCGCUUCAAGGACGCCCUCAAAGACCUGCUGCCCGUGCUGCACAUGCUGCCGAACGACGCCGACCUCAACCGAGCCGUGGUGAGACUCGAGACAAGCAGCCCCGCCCCGGCCAGCCCAGCCUGGGGGAUGGAUUUGAGCCACAGGUGGAUUCCCAGGUGGAUUCCCAGGUGAAUUCCCAGGGAUUUUCUUUUGUGCGGUCGAACCAGUUCCGACCAGCACAGCCGUACCUGGCGCGGGCGGUGGAGCUGCUGCCAGGGGAUGCAGAGGUGCGCAAGGAGAAGGGGCGCCUGCACCGCCUGCUGGGGGAGACGGAUGAGGCUCAGAGGGACCUGUUGCUCUCGCUUGAGCUGGGACAGGGGGUGAUUCCCAUGGCAGACGCGGGGCUGAAAUCAUUCCCAGGCGAGCUGGAGAUCAUGCACGCUAAGGCCUCCAGCCUGCAUGUGCUCGGGGAACAUGCUGCUUCUGUGAGUCUUGUGUGCCGCCUCUCUGUCUCACAUGCAGCAACACCACCAUGCCAUGCUCUCACCUCCAUGCAUGUGCACGUCUUCCUGACCGGGCGAGCUGGAGAUCAUGCACGCCAAGGCGUCAAGCCUGCACGUGCUGGGCGAACAUGCAGCUGCUGUGAGAUACAUGUGCUCCCUCUCCCUCUCCCUCUCCCUCUCCCUCUCCCUCACAUGCACCAACAACACCAUGCCCAUGCCAUGCUCUCACCUGCAUGCAUGUGCACACCCCGCUGGCCGGGCGAGCUCGAGAUCAUGCACGCCAAGGCGUCAAGCCUGCACGUGCUGGGCGAACAUGCAGCUGCUGUGAGAUACAUGUGCUCCCUCUCCCUCUCCCUCUCCCUCUCCCUCUCCCUCACAUGCACCAACAACACCAUGCCCAUGCCAUGCUCUCACCUGCAUGCAUGUGCACACCCCGCUGGCCGGGCGAGCUCGAGAUCAUGCACGCCAAGGCGUCAAGCCUGCACGUGCUGGGCGAACAUGCAGCUGCUGUGA